AUAUAUAAAUACCAACUUAAAAACCCACUUCAUGCACUAGAUUUUGCUCCACAUCUAUCAUAUAUAGGCAGCUCUUUAUUCCACACCGUUCUUUAGAAGGCAGUCCAGGCUAAGCGCUGCAUCUCUCUGCCUCCGUCCCCCGUCCCUCUGGCUCUUUUUUCUUCGUGUCUCUUGUGCUUAUAAAGGGAUCAGAAGCCGUACUACGCCAUUUUUCUGCAACAGGUCGCCGCGUCGACUUUUGAUAUCUCACUACUGCAGGUUCAAAAUGAUCAGGAUUUCUCUGUCGGCAACCUGCAAGCAGGUACAGCCGCUUGGGAACUUUCCUGGGGUGCCUGUUAAUCUGAACAUGGAACCUUUGUUCCGUCGGAAAGAUAAGGUUGUUAUCGUUGUGGGAGCAACCGGCACAGGAAAGUCAAGACUCGCCAUCGACUUGGCGAAGAAGACCCCGGCCGAGAUUAUAAACUGCGAUAAAAUUCAGGUUUACAAGGGUCUUGACAUAGUCACGAAUAAAAUCACCGAAGAUGAGUCUCUCGGCGUUCCGCACCAUUUACUAGGAACGAUUGAUCCUGACUCCCACUUCACAGCCGAAGAUUUCUGCCAUCAAGCUUCGUUAGUCUUGGAAUCUGUCACCGGCCGGGACAGGCUCCCGAUCAUUGCCGGCGGCUCCAAUUCUUAUAUCGAAGCUCUGGUAAACCACCAUGCCGAAUUCCGUAUGAAAUACGAGUGUUGCUUCCUUUGGGUCGACGUAUCAUUGCCCGUUCUCCAUUCGUAUUUACCGGAGCGGGUCGAUCGGAUGGUGGAAGCUGGUUUGGUGGACGAGGCGAGGGAAAUGUUCGACCUGGAAGCGGAUUACUCGCGGGGAAUCAGGCGUGCGAUCGGGUUACCGGAAUUGGACAAGUAUCUACGGAUAGAAGCCACCGCCGAUGAGAGGACCCGAGCCAGGAUUCUCAAGGCAGCCAUUGCGAAAAUCAAAGAAAAUACUCGUAACUUAGCUUGUCGCCAAUUGCAGAAGAUACAUCGGCUCUACAGCCAGUGGGAAUGGAGCAUGCAUCGUCUCGACGCCACUGAAGUGUUCAGAAAGCGAGGCCGCCGGGAGGCCGAUGAAGCUUGGGACAAGCUUGUGGUGGGACCCAGCGACAUCAUCAUGGACCAGUUCCUCUACGAUCAAGAUCGCGUGACCACCAUUAAUGUAUCACACGAGGCCGCCACUUCCGCCGUCAUCGGCGCUUCCGUGCCCACGGGAGCCGUGGCAGCAGCGACUCGCUAUUAAUUAUGGGGGCCGUCAGAAGCUACCACCAUCACAAUUUAUGAGGCCAGUGGCCACGUGGCAGUUGAUACCCAGAUGCUAUCUAAACUAUAUAUAUACUACAUUUUUACUCCAAUUUUCUCAUCAUUAAAUUGAUGUAGUACUGUUCAUCAAACUUCAGAUUUUUCUUUAAAAAUAUAAAAAAUCAUUUAAAAAACUUAUGAACAGUAAUAUAUUAUUAUAAUGAGGAAAAAAAAGAAGAAGCAAACAUGUAGUAUAUUGUAUAGCUUAUUUUGAUGAGUAAUCUAUAAAUUGUGACAUCAUGGAGCAUGCAUCCAUGUAACGUUAUUAACAUGACAAAAACCAUUUCAAACUUACGAUUGAAUUUUCGAAUGUCAUGUAAGUGAUGUUUCAAAGAUGAUUAUCUCGAUGGUGUCACGAGCCGUUUACUGAUUUUUUUUUUUCAAAAAAGAAAAAACAACAUUUACGAGUUGGGCUGACGAUCAGAUCAGGAUGCCCUCAGGUACUGGUCAUUAAGUACUUACAUUUGGAGGCCGUACAGUUUGGACAAAACUUUUAACAAUCCGUGCCGUCUGCUGUACAACGCUACCUUUUUUAAUAAUUUUCCGUACUCUUUUUUUUUUUUUUUUCCCUGUACGUGUGGUGCGCGCGCUUCAUGAGCUUGCAUCAAUCAUGAUACUGUAUAUGGUGGUUCCUAGCUUGUUUGGGUGAGUCGGCCGGUCGGAUAUUAGUACUGCAAGUCUGCAUGCAUGUGUGUUUGUUCUCAAAGUAUAGGCCAGUCCCUCGUAUGAGUGUGUAAUGUGAGCAUAUAUAGGAGUGGUCAUGUUUUGGUAGUUUAUUUUAUUUUUUUUCCAUCUAUCUUUUGACAUGAGCUGUAUUUUUCUCACCAUUAUGUGCAUAUAAUAUCGUAUAUAUAUACGAUUGGAAUA